AAAAGUUUUAAAACAAUGGUUGAUGUUGCCGGGAAUCUUAGGGGUGCGGUGAGUCCUGUCCUUCAACUUGCCGAGUGGUUGGCUGCUCCGAUUUGUCGUCAAUUUAAGUACUUGUUCAACUACACUACCAAUUUCAAAAAUCUGGAAAUGGAAGUUGAUAAGUUGAAGAAUACAAGGGAAGAAGUUGAGCGUAAGAUUAUUGCUGCUGAAAGAAAUGUGGAAGUGAUCAACCAAAAUGUUAAGAAGUGGCAGGACAGUGCGCAGAAGAUGAUUGAUAAAGCAGAGCAGUUGAUUCAAGAGAAAGCAAACAACCCGCGUUGUUUCAGGGGAUUGUGCUCCAAUUUCAUCAUCCACUACAAACAAAGCAAGAGAGCUUUUAAAUUGAAGCGGGAUGAUAUUGAUCCACUCCUCCAGCAAGAAAGGGAAUUGAGUCCAAUUUCCUAUCAGACUAAUCCACCGGAGAUCUGGCUUAGAUCUAGUGAAAAUUAUUUGGCUUUUGAAUCAAGAAACUCCACUUUAAAGAAUGUAUGGGAUGCUUUAAAUGAUGAGAAUGUCUUCAUGAUUGGUGUUUAUGGGAUGGGGGGUCUUGGGAAGACCACUCUUGUGCAAGAAGUUGGUAGGAAAGCCAAGGCGGAAAAGCUCUUUGACGACAUUGUUUUUGUGGAGGUAUCAGAAUCUCCUGAUAUAAAAAAAAUUCAAACAGCAGUUGCAGACAACUUAGGUCUGAAAUUCGAAAGCGAAAGUGAAAGGGCAAAGAAGCUAUAUUCAAGAAUGGAGGGCAAGAAUAUUCUUUUAAUUAUUGAUAAUAUUUGGGAACCUCUAGAAUUUGAAAAGACGAUAGGAAUUCCAUGCGGAGCUGAUCGUGGAAGAAAUAAACUUUUGUUCACAACAAGAAACUUAGAUGUGUUGGAGAGUAUGGGUUCCACAAAUAAUUUCGGGAUGGGCAUUUUAAAUGAAGAAGAAGCUUGGACCCUAUUUACCAAAAUGACAGCGUUGACAGAUAAUGUUAUUCAAAUAGAUAGAUUGCAUUCUCUACCGAACGAUGUGUGCAAGGAAUGCGCGGGUUUACCUAUUGUCAUUUGUACAAUAGGAAGAGCAUUAAUAAAAAAAACUGAGCCAUUUGAUUGGAAGGAUGUAUUGCAAGAACUGAGAGCACCUUCACCAACAAAUUUCACUGAAUUGCUAAAAGAGGAAUAUAGGAAGAUAGAAUUGAGUUAUAGGUAUUUAAGAAAUGAUGAAUUGAAGAAAACUUUUUUAAUUGCUAGUCUAUUGGAAAAUAAUACUUCCAUAUCAGACUUGAUUAAACAUGUUGUUGGUCAAGAUAUACUUGAAGGAGCUAACUUGACAAUGGAAAACACACGAAAUAGACUAGAUAGAGUGGUUCGCGAGCUCAAAUAUGCUUGUUUGUUACUUGACGGGGUUGAAGACGGCCAAUUUGCUAUGCAUGAUGUUGUUCGUGUUGUUGCCAUAACAAUUGCAAACGUGAAUCACCAUGUGUUUACAGCAAGAAAUGAUGUUGAACGGGAUUGGAAGGAUAAAGACAAACUCAAAAAAUGCACAAAGAUUUCUUUACCUAGUAAAAAUACUAUUAUUAGUCAACUUUGGCCUAACGAUUUGGAUUGUCCAAGUCUUGAAUAUUUCUAUAUGACUGAUAUGCGGAACUCUUCUUUCGAAAUCUCGGAGGGCUUUUUCAUGGUGAUGCCAAAGCUUAGAGUAUUGAAUUUGGUUGGACUACAACAAUCGUCAUUGCCAUCAUCAAUUCAUCAUUUGACAAACCUUCAAACAUUGUGUUUAGAUAAGAGCAACAUUGAAGGUGUUACGAUUAUUGGAAAGCUUAAGAAGCUAAAGGUCCUUAGCUUGUGA